GAUUUGUGUAACUUUUAUCUAUCAGGCUAACAGAUAAAACGAUAUUUUUCAUUAGGGAUUCUACCAGGCUUGUUUUAAUUUGAGCUUAAUUCCAGCAUGGCAUACGGUUUAUCGAGCUUUUAAACUCACUGUUAUAAAAAAACAAAAAACGGUCGGAUUGGUCAUUGGGAGUAAUGGGAGUCGUUAUACGUUUUAACCCUCGCCACGUGGCCAGAGCAAGUCCUUGACCCUUUCAUCUCUCUCUCGAGGAUGGAAGGUGGGUGCAGGCAGGAAACGGCCCUACAGCUGCUUUCCAGACAACAGACGAGACCGUCGAUAAAAGGCCUGAACACUCGGAUCUUCGAGGACGGGCCCAAAAGCAGGGAAGUCGUGGAAAUCAACGGCGAAGCCGGGUCUGGAAAGUCCCUUUUGCUUUUGGAAUUCGUCAAACAGUGCAUACUGCCCAGUGGGCAAGAUUGUCGAGGCUUACAAGCUGAUGUACUUUAUCUAAACACUGACCUGCAAUUCAAUUUGAACAAUUUAAUCCGCCUGCUGAAAUGCAGCACGAAUUGUGAAAAAACAAUAGAACAAUCGUUAAAAAGGAUUCACGUCAUAAACAUUUUUGACAGCGCGACACUCACAACUACAAUCUUGUAUUUGAAAAAGUUGCUCUGCAUCAAUUCCGACAUAAGCCUUAUUCUGAUAGAUUCAAUCUCUGCAUUUUACUGGCAGGACACUUUAGAAGGUGGGAUUAAAAAAAUGGACUCUUACAUCUCGAGUAUCGUCUUGCAGCUACAUCAGUCCAUUGGCUUAUUUGAUGUCAACGUGAUGUACACGAGACCUGAGUAUUUUAAGACAAAAAAUAAUAAAGUUGAAUGUUCCUCAAUUUAUGACUUGAGCGGCAUCAAUACAAUUAUCGAGCUUAAAACUGUGAAUGGUUUAAAUUAUAUGCAAGUGAGGACUAACUCUAAUAAUAUCAUGUGUAAUUAUACAAUUACAGACAAGGGAUUUGAAUUUGUAACGUGAAUUACUGAAAGAACUUAUUUCCUUUGGAUCAAAAUCAGGGAAGAGACACAGCUAAAGGGAAUUUGGUGGUCAAUGUUCUGCGAGUCGGUGAACACAUUAAACUGUACCAUAUUCAGUGAGGAAUACUAAGAACAGGCAUAAAGCUCACAAAAGUUCAGUUUAAUAAAAUGAAUUUGUUCAAAAAUUUUGCCAAAGAUUCUUUUGUUGCCCACAAAGUGAAAAAUCACGGCAAAGCCAAAAAAUAAAUAAAUAAAUCAGCAUCAUGUUUAUACUAGAUCAAAUUUUUAAUAAUCUUGUUGUCAAAUGCCAUAUGGCGAUUACAGUUCACAAUAAAAAUUUUAAAAAAAAGUUAUCAAUCAAUGUACAUUAUUGUAAGGGAAAAAGUAUACGUUAGCCAACAAUCCCACUAAUUCUUCAAAUGUAAUAUCUUAAUUUUUAUUUAUAUGAUAUUCUACAUUUCUUUUUUAGACUUGCUUUCGUCAGACUGCAUUUGAUGAUUUUUAGACCUAGGUGUAUCGUUUCUAUGUAAAAUAGCUAAUUAAAAGAAUUUAUUUGCAAGGGAUUCUACCAGACUUGUCUUCUUCAGCUUGAAUACAAUUAUAUGCAACCUUUCGGCAUAACAUUUUUUGUAAGGGAUUUUACCAGGCUCCAUUCAAUUACUUUUGACUACGAUUGGCUCAGUGGGUUUCGUAAGAUGACCAGAAUGGAAACGGCCAGGAGCCACCACCCUAGGACAAAGAUGAGCCGGAACCAAUAGACGGAGAGCGCACAGGGCGUCUUCCUUUUUAUAUAAUAAAUAUGUACAGAUUGGAACUUUUAUAAUAAUCGAAUUGGAAAAUAAACAAUAACUAGAAUUGUAAUUAAGUAAACUAUUAGUUUCUGGCCUUAAUUCCAAUUCUUGGUUCUUAAUAUAUUAAAA